UCCAUUGAAGAAACCAAAUUGGUGUGUGUGUGUGUGGGGUGAAGUGUAUAGCGAUGUGGUGUUCCAGCACAGCGAGUGAGGAGGAGCCCAGUGAAUCUUCUUCGUCGUCCUUUUCAACAUCCUUGUUCAAUUUCUCUUCUGGAAACCCUAGAAUCGAGGAGACCCGUGGCCUCAUGCAUCUUUUCCCCGACGAUGCUCCUUCUUCUCUUCCCGUUGGACGGAAGCCCCUUGUGUGUGUUGUUGGUGUGCCAAAUCACAUGACCUAUGCCGAUUUCUGCCAGUUCUGUGGUUCAUUUAUUCAUCAUAUCCUUGAGAUGCGCAUUGUCAGGAUGGAUGGGAUGGAGGAUCAGUACAGUGUUUUAAUUCGUUUUGAUGACCAAAACUCUACAGACAGUUUCUACAAGCACUACUCUGGCCACCGUUUCUCAUCUCUCGAGGUUGAGGUUUGCCGUGUUCUUUUCACAUUAGAUGUGCAAUACACUGGUUCAAUUGAACAUGCACAACCAUCCAAUGCUACUUCAACUGAACAGCCUACAUGUCCCGUGUGCCUUGAGCGAUUAGAUCAAGACACGAGUGGAAUCCUUACAACUAUAUGCAAUCAUUCUUUCCAUUGUUCAUGUAUUUCGAAAUGGGCAGAUUCUUCUUGUCCUGUAUGCCGCUAUUGCCAGCAGCAAGCAGAAAAAUCUAUAUGUUUUGUUUGUCAAACAACUGAGAACCUUUGGAUAUGUGUUAUAUGUGGGUUUGUUGGCUGUGGAAGAUAUAAAGGAGGACAUGCCAUAAUACACUGGAAAGAGACACAGCAUUGCUAUUCCCUAGAAGUGGAAACAAAGCGUGUGUGGGACUAUGUGGGAGACAACUAUGUUCAUAGACUUAUUCAGUCCAAAACUGAUGGGAAGUUGGUUGAGCUGAACUCUCACUGUGUGCAUGCAGACAAGGGAUGUGGAAGUUGCAGCUGUGAAGAUAAUGCCAUGAACGAGACUAUACUUAAUAGUAAAGUUGAAGCUAUUGUCAAUGAGUACAAUGAAUUGCUUGCUACUCAACUUGAAAAUCAAAAAUUAUAUUUUGAAUCCUUAUUACAAGAGGUAAAAGAAGAAACUGAAAGAAAAAUUUCCAAAGCCGUUCAGAAGGCCUGCAGUCUUAAACAGCAGAAGAUUCAGGCCAAGAUUGACAGAUGUAACAAAGAGAAGAAAUUCCUGGAUGAACUUAAUGAGAAUCUUGUAAAAAAUGAGGAGAUUUGGAAAGCAAAGAUACUUGAGAUCGAAGAGAAGGAGAAAAAGGCUUGGAAAACGACUGAUGAUAGAGUAACGGACCUGGAAAAGCAGCUUGGAGAUCUCAUGCUUUGUCUUGAGGGUGGGAAGAUGGUAGAACAGCUGCCCGUGUCAAAUGAAAACAAAGAUGGGACUGUCUUUGACAUUUCAAAAGAAUCCUCAUCAACUAUUGGCUCCGAACUGGGAAGAAAAAGCUUAACAGAAGAAUGAAUUACUCCUUUUAUGGACUGCAUUGCUUAUACUGACUGCAUUGCUCCAUUUUUAUAAUCACAAGUUUAUACAAACUGCAAAGGUGGAUCCACGAGUUGAGAUGCUUCCGCCUGAAUUUUUUCCGUUUCAAAGUGUAUCUAUUUUCCCAGGCUUGUAAAUAGUAAAAUAGAAAGAUUUCCAACUAUCUGAACAGAUGCUCAAGAUUGAUAUCCAAAUAAAUGCAAGCAUCGGGUAGGCACUAUAAUAUCCAAA